CGUAAUUAAAACGUAAUUAUAACUAUCAAAACAUGGCACAAUCAACGCCAAAAGCGGGUCUACGAAUGCAGCUGCAACCACUAAUGCCGGAAGACAUGCGUUCCGAGCUGAUAGCCGCCCUGAAGGUACAGAAUGUACACAAUGUUCGCGUUGGAAGUGGCCGUCGUUUUAUGCUACCCGGUUCACACAGUAACAGCCCGGUACGCUGCAUACCAAUGGUCCAAAACGAUGAAGCGGACAAACGACAACAGCUCCGCCUGCAAGCCAUACGUGAAAUUCGUACGUCCGAAGAGUCGUACCUGCGGCAGCUGGAUCUGCUGUUGGAGUACUUUGUGACACCGUUGCGCCAUAAUGGAUUUCUCACGGAAAAGGUGCACAAUCAGAUCUUUGGCCAGCUGGACACCAUACACAACCUGAGCCAGGAGUUGCUAAAGAAGCUUGACGAAAAUUUGGACAAUGUGGUAAGAGCGUUUACCGCACUGGGACCGUUUUUUAAGCUUUACUCGGUGUAUGCGUUCGAUUAUCGCAACUCGCUCUGCACACUGCAAUCGUUGAUGGACAAAAGCCCAACCCUGAAGCGAUACAUUACCAACACGGAAUCACGCCCGGAAGUGCAGAUGAAGCUGAUUUCGCUGCUUAUCACACCGAUCCAGCGCAUACCACGGUACAAAUUGCUACUGCAACAGGUACUCCUGUACACCAGCCCAUCGGACGCUGCCUACAAACCGUUGCUCGAAUCGAUCCGGCUCGUCGAACAGUCAGUGUCGCACAUUAACGCCGUCGUAGAGGAUUACGAAAACACGCAAAGAUUAAUCACCGUACAGAACGCACUGACGAACAAAUCGCUCAAGCUGGUCAAACCCGGCCGGAAGAUCCUGAAGGAAGGUUUCCUGCGCAAGCAAAAGACGGACGGAUCGACCUCGAAAAAGUACUGCAUCCUGAUGUCGGACAUGUUCAUGUACUGUCGGGUGGUAAAGGACGUUGAGGUAUUGCUGACGGAAGGUUCUAGCAUCGCGUGUAGCUGUGUGUUUCCACUGAAAAAGUGUAAAAUUGUACAACUUUUCCGGGGCAACUUUCGGCUAACGUGUAGCGGCGAUGGUACGAUAUUUUGCUCGGACAGUGAGGACGAAAGCCACGCCUGGUACGUGGCGAUUAAGGAAGCGAUCGAACUGCACGUCCAGUGUAGGAAAACGCUGCGAAAGCUGUCGAGCAAUAGGAAACCGAUGAGGAAGAAACAUCUGCAGCGGUUAGAACCGGAGGAUGAUAUUAUGUGGUUGUUAAGGCGUAAGACAGCUAGCCCGGAUCGGGUCCAGAAAGCGGACCGAUUUAAAAAGAGACGACAUAUGCUGUGGCCGUUUAGGAGCAUUAACUGUUUGGAGAUGAAUCAAUCGGUUGGGGAACCGAGUGGAUUGCAACAGUACGUCCCAACGAGAUCGUUUGCGGGUGAAUCAACGGUCGUACAGCAUCGAUUUCCACAGGCAACGAGCAGCAAUACUGUUGAUGGGGCUAAACCUCAAUUUAGUAGGGGAGAAGAGAAUAGCAUUCAAACUACUACUUCGGAAGCGAUAUGCGGGCAGUUUGGAGACCCGAACCCGUCUGCACACGAAGCGCAGGCCAAUGGAAGUAGACACGUUCAUUUUAGAUUUCCUUCUAGCCAUUGGCGUUACUGA